UAUUAGUUAUGAACAAAACUUUAGUUGCCAUGACUGUUAAAAUGGCACGUUCUCAUUUAAAAAAAACUUCGUUUGUCUCCCUUGAUAUAGAAAUAACUGCUUAAUUCUUUUCGAAUUUAAAAUUAAAAAAAAGUGUGUCAAAUUAAAUCAAUAUCGUUGUUAUGGAAAUGGAACUAAAAUAAAACCAAACUCAAUACUGACAGUUCAAGACAUUUAAGCAUUGAGCCCACAUCUACCUCUAUGAAAUAAAUGAAAAGAUAACAAAAAAAAUGUAAAAACUUCAAAAUAAAAUAGAAACAAUGCAACGGAAAGCUUUGCAAGUUCAAGUUGAGCUUGAAAUACAAGCUGUAACUUGUCCUGGUGUAUAUCUUUGUCCAAAUGGGAAAGUUUCUUUACAACUUUACAUGUUGGAUUCUUGUAUACAAACUGGUUGCGCCUCGCCAGCUUUUCCAAUCUUAUUCAAUGAAAAAUUAAUUUUUUUCAAAAUGUUUUAUGAAACUCAACGCUUAAACGAUUUAUUAAAAUUAUUAAAUAAAGAAUGUUUAUACAUUGAACUUAUACAAUGGCAAAAUACCGAUGAAGGAAUCGUUUUAUCAACAUUUCAAACAAAUUUAAGCGAAUUAUUGUACCCUUCAACGUUUGAAAAUUCAAAAGCUGGAAUUGAUAUCGAUCUUUUAAUGGAACCUGAGCGAUCGUUUCCGGGUGUUAUCGCGCCAAAAAUCGAAGUUAGUACAAAAACGAUCAUCGAAGACGUAGUUUUAGACUCUUUAAAUCCUUCGGUGGUAAAUCCUAAAGUUAUCCAAUCAAAAUUUUAUCAAAAUCAUAAAAAUUCGGUUCAUUUAAAACGAGUUUGUCAUUCCACUGGAUAUCACAGGUAUAAAAAGUGUUUACCAAGAAAUCGAAAUCAAAAACCACCGUUUAUAGUACGUAAAGUCGAUGAUAAUCUUUUAGGGAGAAAACCAAGUGGUUUAUCACCCAAUUUUAAUAAUAAAUGUAAUUGCUUUUCUACUAAAUUUCAAUCAAAUUAUAAUCAAUUUAUUGACCAGCGAGAAAAACUACCAAAAAUCAAUGAAUACAAACAAAAAAUUACUCCGAAAAAACAUUGUACGUGCAAACCAUCGCGCGACGGAUGCUGCGCUGUUUGUGUAAAAUACGAAAAUUAUUUUCAAGAUGAUUCCGACCUAGAAGAAUAUCCAACUUUAAAUCCAUCGAAUAUAAAACAAACGUGUAGAAAGCAAAAAAUGCCGCAAAGGAAUUGCAAUUGCGAAGAAAUUGCUACGUCGCAAACAUCUAAAGUGAUUCGUUGUACUUCUCCUACUGCAAAAGAUAAAGAACGUGGUUCAAAGUGUCCUUUUGAGAGAUGUUCUUGUAACACUCAAACUUGUAAUAGUUUGGCAACAAAGUUGCAUCGUCGGCUAAAUCAAACGUUGGAAUGUAUAGAAGGUAGUGAAGUUUUUAGUGAUCCGCAAUCAUCUUAUUCACCACCUGGUUCGGAUGUAGAAUAUAAUUGCCCAAAUCCAUGUUACACUGAUCAUUAUAAAGAUUUUUACAAGAAAGCAAAAUCGAGGAUAAAUUAUGAAAGAUAUAUAACUCCUUGUUGUAUUUAGAAGAAACGCAAAGGAAACAAGAUUUUAGUAAAACAGGAAAUUAAAACUAGUUUUUUUAAAUAUUAUCUUUUAAUUAUAUUUAAUUCAUUUAAUAAUUUAAAGAUCAUUAUAAUAGUCGGUUAAAUUUUCGUUAUCACAAAAAUUCAUGCCCACUCAUACAUUUUUUUAUAUAAUAUAUACACGUUUAAAAAAC